UAGAUAAGAACGCGGUCACACUGAUCCCUAGUCGAGUUGGCAUUUUUUUUAAUGGUUUAAAUAGUCUACCAAUUGAACUACAACCAAUUUAGUAAAUGUAAUUGUUAGUCAAUAUCGAGAACAGUCCUUUGUGCGUGUAAAAAAACGAGUGUUUUGUCUAAACGAGAACCCGAACAUGCUGCACAACAAUGCUCCCUGGCUGCCACCCCAUCAGCCGCCACAGCAGCAGCAGCAGCAUCCUCAUCAUCCUCAGCAGCAGCAGCAGCAGGUACAACUGCAGCAGCAUCAGGCACAGCUGCAGCAGCAACAACAACUGCAGCAGCAGCAGCAGCAGCAGCCUGUCUAUGCCAGCCAAAUUUUCCAGCACCAGGCACCACCACCACUUGGCCAGCAGCAACAAUACUGGCCAGAGGAGCAGCAGGACCAGCAGCCGCAGCCGCCGUCGCUGAAUUACAACAACUAUUUUGCAGUCCAAGCUGGCGGUCAGCAGGCGCCACCGCCUCUGCCUCAACCGGAGCUGCAGCAGCAGCCUCCACAAAUGUAUUACCAGCCGCCACCACAAACAACAACUCCGCAAAAUCAAAUGCAUCCCGAAGUGCCUUUGGAUUCCUUCGAAAACAGCAGCAGCAGCAUCAGCAACAACAACAACAACAACGGCGGUGGCAGGAAUGAUGGCUGGGGGGACUGGGGUGAUUGGAAUGAGACGAGCAACAGCAACCACAACAACAACAGCUACAGCCAGAACCAUAACCAUAACCAGAGCCACAGCAACGAGGCUGUGAUGGAGCCACCGCCAAGCAACAUAGUCGAUGAUGCCUUCAAUAUUCAGGGAUCGCAGGGCAACAGCUGGCAGGCCUUUGCCAGCAACAAUAAUAACAGCAACAACAAUUUGGAUAUUCCCCCACCCGUGGAACAGCAGCCUCAGCAACCGCAGCAGCAGCAUCCGCUACAGCCGUUGCACCAGCAACUGCAGCAGCUCCAUUUGCAACAACAACCCCCGCCCGAGGCGGGCCAGGAACCCGAACUGGAUGCGAUUGUGCCGCCGCGCGCCUUUCAGAAUCAACCAGGAAGCGCAGAAGUGGCGCCAGUUACCGGUGGAUUGGUGGCCAUUGCACCACCAUCUGCCCUGCCACCAAUAACCGCCAGUCCGGGCGGCAAUCCCUUCAAACGUUCCACUGGACCCAGCAAACGUGUCAACAUCCUGGCCGGCACACAAGCAGCUGUUCCGGCUGCUAUGCCUGCUUCUGUUCCCGCUCCUCUGCAGCCAACAGUGGCCAGUCCUAUGGAAGCACCAACGGCUGAGGUAAUCUUUGGCCUGGCACCAUUCAAUGUACUGGCAACGCCUUCAGUGUUGCCUCCUGCACCUGUUGUUCCGGGCGUGAGUCCUGCAGUUGCAUCAUCCAUUUAUGGAUUACCCUCACAGCCGCAGCAGCAGCAGCAGCAGCAACAGCAGCCCCUGGUGAUUCCUCCACCACUCAUCCCCGAGUCGUCACCCCUGGAAAUGGGUGGCUAUGAGAACCUGGAGGUGCUGGCCGCACCUAACGACGAGAGGGCCCAGUAUCUGCAGACGAGUCAUCUGUCGGAGCAGCCCGAGGAGGGGGAGGCCAAUUGGGAGGCGGAGACGGACGCGGGCCUGCUGCCGCCGCCCGGUCUGUCGCGUCUGGUGCUGGGCCAGCCGGAGUUGGAGCAGCAGCGACUUGUCACGGGCACCGAACAGCCACCGGCAACGGCCGUGAAUGUUGUCCAGGCCCUGCACAUGGAGGAGCGUCAGGCGGAUGGCGAGGACACCUCCGAGGGAGAGCAGCCGCCACGUGUCGAUGAUCGCAAUCUCUAUCAGACGCCGCCGCGUCGUGUGGUCACGGGUGUGGAGACAACGGCCGUGUCUGUGCGGGAGCAGCGUGAGGUUGUCCUGGAUGGUGAAAAUCUCGAGGAUCGCGAGGAGCCACCACCGGCCCUGGCCGGAGUUACGGCUCUACCCGUUACGGAGCUGCCGCUACAGCUGCAGCAACAUCACAGCCUGCCCGACGAGGCCGAGCCAUUGCAUCACAAUCCACCAUCACAGUCAGCGCCAGUGGCAGCCUCCACCGUUGCCGCCGCACACUCACAACCACACCCACACCAGCAGCCCCUGCAGCAGCAGCAGCAGCAGCAGCAACAACAACAGCAGCAGCAGAGAUUGGAGAAGAAACGUCCCCAAGUCGGGCAGCGUAUGUCGCGGACUGGUAACGCCUCCUUGGACCUGGAGUCGGAUGAGGAGUCGGACGAGUUUCUGCUCAGCGAGCGAGAGCGCGACAGGGAGCGCGAUAGACGAGAUCUGCUCGACGAUCGUCGCGGACGUCGUGGCCACUACAACAACAACUACGACGGCGAGACGGAGGAUUCUGUGCGGGGCGCUGGCCCAGUGGGACCUGCGGAGAGCAAGACCGGGCGUGAUAGCCAUCGGCGCAGCCACGACGGCAACAGCCAACAGCAGGGCAGACGCCGCAAUCCCGAAACAGAUCUGGAGCGUGAGCGGGAACGUGAUCGGGAUCGAGAGCGCAACUGGCGCCGUCGUUCGAACAAGUAUCACAGCGGUGGCGAGGAUCAGGAGCGUUUCGAGCACUCGCACUCCCGUCGCUACAACAACAGCAACUACGACGGGGAAUCCGAAGGUCCCGACUCGAGCCACAUGGGAGCCGAUAGCGAAAUUCUGCUGGAUGGAGGCAGCGUCGGCCCUGCUGCCGGAGGAUCCAACAGCAUUGGUGGGCGCAGCAGCAAGAACGGCAGAGAUCGCCAGAGGCGCAGUGCACCCGCACCCGAGGAGGACUACGACUAUGAUGAUUAUGAGCGAGAGCGCGGCCAAUACUCUCGACGCUCCAUUAAGCAGUCGGAGAAGGGCAGGAGUAGUGGUGGGAGGCGAGAUCGUCAUGAGGCCACCGGUGAUCAGCGGCCGCAGCGUCGCAGCAACGAUGAUGGCACCCUGGAGCGGCGGCGUCGCCAUCCGCAUCCCGAUCAACGGCACUGGGAUGGGUACGAGGAGUACCGCAGAAAGAGCUCCCGCAACAGUGACCUUGAGAAGGAGCGCACCAAUGGCGGUGGUGGUGGUGGUGGAGCCGGUGGCAGCGGCGGCUCUAAGCGUCGCAACUACGCUCCGUAUGCGGGUGCUGGCUACGAUCCGUAUGGAAUGUACGAGCAGUUGUCGAGGAAUCCCCAAGCCUAUGCGGACAUGUAUGCCAAGUUUUAUGGUCAAAUGAUCAACUCGAUGACGGCAGCAGUGGCUCCUUACAAGGCGGCGGGUGCACCGGUACAGCAGCAGCAGCAACAACAGCAGCAGCAGGGGCAGCAGCCGAUGAUGACUGCAGGUGUCCAAAUGAUGGAUAUCAUGCGGACGACUGGUAAGGAGGGUGACCUGCUUACAGAACGUGAACGGUACACACACGCAUACAUAAAUCAAGCAAACGAAUUCCAUCGUCAACAAUAUAAUGAGGGGCUCUACCAGCAACAGAUCCAUCAGCUUCAACAGCAGCAACAGCAGCUCCAUCAGCAGCAGGAGCUCCUUAACCGCAGCAUGGCGGACAUGGAGGACAGCAGUGCCAGCUUCUAUGGUGGUGAAUCGUUUAGCAGCCGGAGAUUUAUCUAUGGGCAUCAUGGGCUAGCCAGUGCCCGAUCGCUAAGCAAUCUGAAUGGUGGGGAUCUAAAUGGAACAGGACGAAGUUCACGUUGCAGCGGCGUUUAUUAUGCUGGCUCUGAAUGCGCCCUCGAUAUCAGAGGUGCCGAUGUGUCCUCUCUCCACGGAGGCGUGGCUGCGGGUGCAGGUGCAACCACCACAUCGGUGGCUCGUCCGCCCAGGAGACGCACCCCACUGAUGUACAACCGACCGCAUCUGGUGGCCUCGUACGCAAUGAGCCUGCUGCUGAAGGUGAAGCCAAAGUAUGCCGGUCGCGGGCGCCUGCGCAACGAUGUGGAGGUGGCGGCACCGCGCUUCUGCGACGGCACAAGCAGCCUGCUGCGCAUGUACCCAGGACCACUGCAGGGCCGAAAGUUGCACAAGGAUAAGAUCAUAAGCUUCUGCAAGGAGCAGAUACGCCUCGGGCCCACACGCGGCUGCACGGUUCUGUAUGCCACACAGAAGAAGCCCCAGGGCAACGUCGAGAAGUAUCGUGCCUCGCACGCCCUCAUGUGGAAUCUGCUCAUCCUGCUGCUGCGCCAGAACGGGUACAUUGCCGACACGGAUGUCGGGGAUCUGCUAUUGGAGAACCAGCAGGAGUAUCCCUACAAUCCGUCCCAGCAGGAUGGCGCAUCCGAAACCGAUCCCGAGGCCGAUGCCGAGCCAUUGGAGGCAGCGGAUGCUGCUGUGGAUUCGGACGCUGAAAGCGAAACGGCUGCCACCAGAGCCAGUCAAUCCUCGGAAGAGGGGCAGACUGCCGCGCCAGGAGCUGGUGCCGAAGCCGGCGUCUCGGGAAAGCCAGCGACGUUGUCCGAGCAGGCGGCUACGGACAAGUUCCGUAGCUAUGUGCUGCGCGGCAAUGUGGAGGAGGCGCUGCAGUGGGCCACCGACAACAACCUGUGGACGCACGCCUUCUUUUUGGCUCUGUACGAGGAUCGCUAUGCUUUGACAGACGUGGCCCAGAAGUUCCUCAAUCGCGCCAUCAAGGCCAACGAUCCGCUGCAGACGCUCUACCAGAUGAAGAGCUGCCACACACCGGCCUGUGUCAGCCAGCUGCGUGACGAGCAGUGGGGCGACUGGCGCUCCCAUCUCUCCAUUCUCGUGACGAACAAGUCGCGCCAUCCGGAGUCCGAUCGCAGCUCGGUGGUGGCUCUCGGCGACACGCUCUUUCAGCGCGGCGACAUCUAUGCGGCCCACUUCUGCUAUCUAGUCGCCCAGGAAGAGUUCGGACGCUACGACAGCUCGGCCACCCAGCUGACGACGCUCACGGCCGAGGUACCAAGACUCAUUCUAUUGGGCGCGUCCCACUACAAGCAUUUCAAUGAGUUUGCCAGCAACGAGGCCAUCAUCAUGACGGAAAUCUACGAGUAUGCCCGCUCGCUGUUUGACCAAAAGUUCAGCAUUGCCAACUUCCAGCACUACAAGUUCCUGUUGGCCACGCGCAUACUCGACUAUGGGCAGCAUUUCCGAUGCACCAACUACCUGGAGCAGAUUGCCAAACACAUUGAACUCAAGCCGGACAUCUACAACAAAGAUUUUAUUCAGCGCGUUUGCGAUCUGGCCGAACGUUUGCGCUAUCACGAUCCCAUUCUCAUCAAUCGGGUUUCGUUUGCCAGUCCACCGAUUGGCAACAACAGUGGCAGCGGCAGCAGCAGCAGCAAGGAUCCCGCUGUGCCCGAGGAGAAGGCCUGGCUGAGUCAGCUGCGGGACAUCAUCCAUGUGCAACCCCAACAGGAGCAACAGCAACUGCAGCACCAGAACGACAUCGAUCAGCAGUUUGCGGAGGUGAAUCAACAGUUUCUUGAACUGAACAGGCAAUAUGAUGGCGGCAAUUUAGAGGAUACCCUACAUCUGUCCAAGGAGCAGCCACCUGUGGCCGAUGUUCAUCAACAGCAACAGCUGCCAGAGCAACAGCAGCAGCAGCAGCAGCAGCAGCAAUACUAUGAGCCAACGCCACAGGCCCAGCAGCUGCAGCAGCAGCCACAGGAGGAGCUGCCAACAGAUGCAUAUGGGCAGCACGCCCAACAGUUGCAGCAACCGCCACAAAUGUACUAUGAUCCCAAUGCAACUGCAGUUCAGCAGCACUACGAACAGCAGCAGAUUGCUGCCUCUUAUGGCGGCCACAUUGAAUCAGCGGCCGAGGCAUAUGCCGCUGGCGGCCAAAUGGUGGAACAAGCAGCAGCGGCAGCGCCAUCUACUGGCUAUGGCUAUGACUACUGGUCGGGCACACAGCAGCCGCCGUACGGCGAUGAGCAAACGGAAGGCAACGAGAAUUUGAAGGAGAAACGAGUUAAUCAGGAGACAGCAGCAGCUGCGGCAGCAGCCAUAGGACAUGUGGAUAAGGCUGAGAAUGAUGAACACAAACAGCAACAGCAGCAACAACAAAAGCCCAAGUCACAGCCAAAUUAUCGCAACAAUCCAAUGAAAGUCCCAAAGGCAGCAGCCACAAAGUCCAGCCUGGAGAUGGAGAGGACAAAGACACUUUUACGCCAAAUGGCAGCAUCCUCCGCUAUUAAGCCGCAGACAGCAGCCACAACACGUGCCACAAAAGCAGAGCCAGGAGCAGAGAAGCCAGCAGCAACAAAGGCAUUCAAUUUGAAUGAUCUACAGCAUCAGCAGCAACAGCCGCAGGGGCAGGGUCAGGGUCAGCGACCAGCAAUCUCCAUGCCAAAAUCCAAGAGCUACGGGGAUGAGGACGAUGGCACGGCGAAAGCAGCGGCCAGCAGCAGCAGUGGCAAGCCAGGCGCUGGAACGGCAGCAGGUGGCAAGCAAGCAUCGAGUGGAGAGAUUGGUGCACCGGGCAGUCAGAAUGCCGGCUGGUUCGGGGGAUUGUGGAACAAGUUGUCGCUGAAACCGAAGAACCAAAUGAUUCUGCCGGACGAUAAGAAUCCCACCAUUGUGUGGGACAAGGAUCGCAAGUGCUGGACCAACACCGAGGGCAACACGGAUGAGGCCGAGAGCUUUAAGCCGCCGCCAAAGAUGAGUGACUUGGGCAUGGGCAUGCCAUUGGGAUCACCACCAGCAAAUAUGCUGGGCAGUGGCAUUCCCACACCCCAUCUGAUGGGUGGCCACGAGGCUGUGGCAGCGGCUCCGGCUCCACAGCAUCCGCAAAUGUAUGGAAAUCCGCAUGAUUAUGCCGCUGCUGCUCCGGCGCCCGAGCUGUAUCCAGCGACGGUGCCAUCGCCAUCGCCAGCACCAGCGAUACCAGCGCCUGACCAUGCACAAGCAGCAGCAGCAGCACCUACACUACCAGCUCCUGGUGGCGCUCAGCCCAAGCUGCAGUCGAACAUGUUUAAAAUGCAGCGAAAUCGCACUCUGAAGAACUCGUAUGUGGAUGUAUUCAAUCCUUCGGGUGCGCCCAUGUCGGCGGCCUCCGAGAAUGUCCUGGCUCCCAUAAUGGCGCCAGCAGCAGUGCCCCAAGGGGGCUACUUUGUACCAGGUGGUGCAGCUCCAGCGCAUCAGCAGUAGAGCGACAAAAUGCCAGCGAAAUCUGAACUUCGAGCUACGUAAACAGCGACCAGCCAUGCGCCCAAAGACUCACACACACGCACGUACACACAGCCAGGCCAGACUAUACGCUCGCACACACACACACACACACACACACCCAUUCAUUCAUUCUGCCACUCGCCUACGCAUGUACCGUUCCACCAACAGCCAAACAGCAGCGACAAACAACACGCGUCAGUGUUGUAAAAGAAAGAAAAAAGAUUACUACCGAUCAAGCUCGUUCGAUUGGAACUUGCAUUAAUUCUUUUUUGUUUGUCUGUUGUCCGUCAUUUAACAAUAUUUUCUUGAUGUGUGUGCGUGUGUGUUUCUGUGUGUGUGUGUGUUGUGGCGCAUGUGUUUGAGUGAUCCAGCGAAAUCGAUCUUUAAAUGUUUAGUAAAUAGCAAAAUAUAUAUAUGUAUAUGUAAACCACAUACCCCUACCACCCCACACACUCCUACCCCCUUCCCAACAAAGCAAUUUCUGUUUAUAUAUAUAUAUACAUAUAUGAUAUGAUAUUUCUUUUGUAUGUUGCAUAGUUUUUAUGAUUAUUUUUUGUUGUUGUAUAGAGCUGAUGUAUGAGAAGAGAAUGAUAAGAAACGUAUUCAAAGGGUGUUCAAAGGUAGAAAGGGAGUUAGGCGGGACAAGGCACACAGCAGGACACAGGACAAGACACACACACAAGACAUAACGGAACAGAACAUUGGUUUUUGGUCUUUGCACUACUUUCCAACUCUACAACAAAGCAAAACGAAAACAGAAAACAUCCAAAUAUCUAUUUAGCUCUAACAUAUACGAGUAAAAAUAAAUAUAUUACAUAAAUGUGGUAUGUGUGCACCUAUCUCUAUCUCUAAUUAUAAUUCCAAUUCCAAUUUCUGUGUAUUUUUUUUUUUUGCUUGUUUCUCUGUGUCCUUUCUGCGUUGCGAUUGGUGUGCAAAAAUAUGAUUAAAAAUGAAAUAUGAUUCCACUUGUAUUUUCAAUUAUAUGUUUUACAAUCGUUUUAUUUUGUUAGAAUUUAUUUGUGUUUUUUUUUUUACCCUGUUGACUUGAUGCUUUAAUUCUUAGUUUAAAGUUUAAACGAAAAACUGGUGCAGGCAAAAACAAAAAACAAAAAAAUCCCCAAAA